UCUGGGCCAACAACCACGGCCGCAACUACACAGUUCUGCUCCGGAUCUCACCCGCUCCCUCACCCACUGACGCUGAAGGGCUGCCCCAGCAGCAGCAGCUGCCGCAGCUGGAGCCACAGCCCGAGUCCCAGGGUACCAUGGAGGCUGAGGCCAGGCAGCUGAAGAGCUGCAUGAAGCCGGUGAGGCGCAGGCCUAACGAGGAAGAGCUGAGGAUGAAGAGCUCGGAUGAUAAUACCCCUGCUGUGGAUCAUCUUGAUGUCCAGGAGUCAGUGGGUCCCCUGGUGGCUCCCACUCCUCUCCGUCCAUGGCCACAGAUGACACAUCAGGUUUCUGAAGUUACAGUGACUGGCAGACUCACAGAGGAAGGUGACAUCCCCAGAAACAGUGCAUCUGUGGCUUUCACAGAGGUCCACCAGACACCAGCCAUCAGGAUCCCCCCCUCCUCCUUUCUCUGUGGCCUGGGUGGCUCCCCCAGGGACCAGGCCUCGGGGCCUGAUGCAAGUGAGGGGGCAGCUGGGCCUCUCCUGGAACCUAGUCAGCCACAGGUGGAGGCUGCGUGGGAAGUAUCCAGCGAGAAUGGAGGGGGCCGAAAGGACGAGCCCCCCAGGGGUUUGGAGGCCAUGAGUGGGUUGGAGGAGCUGCUCAGCGAGGACUCCAUUGACCAGGAGCUGGAGCAGCUCUACCUGUCCCACCUGAGCCGCCUGCGGGCUGCUGUGGCUGCAGGUGGGGCAGGAAAUGGCGGGGAGGGCUCCACAGAUGGAGGGGUGUCUCCUAGCCAUCCCCUGGGCAUAUUCACGGACCGCGACCUGAUCUUGAAGUGGCCUGGCCCUGAGCGGGCCUUGAACAGCGCCCUGGCAGAAGAGAUCACACUGCACUAUGCCCGGCUGGGGCGUGGUGUGGAGCUUAUCAAGGACACUGAGGACCCUGAUGAGGAGGGGGAGGGUGAAGAGGGGCUCUCCACGAUACCCUCCAGUCCGGAAGGGGGCACCCCCAAGGAAUCGCCUCCGGAAAUCCUCUCUGGGGCCCGUUCUGUGGUAGCCACUAUGGGAGAUGUGUGGCUCCCAUGGGCAGGGGGCUUGACAUGUGACAGCCCUGUGGUUUUGGGUCCAGAGGGGCAGUUCAAUGGGGCGCCAGAGAAGGGGAUGCGCAAGGACACUGACUCUUUGCACACGAAUAGAGUGAUAUCUGGGGUACCUGGGUUCCCAGGAGGGACAGAAGCCCGGAUGGAGUCCACUGAAUGGGCAGACAGCUUGGUUCCUGUAUCUGGCAAGGAGCCAGCUGUUUCAGGCCCGCCGGGGCAAAAUCUCACCCUCCUUGGCAUCUCAGGGGCUGAAAUCUGUCCUUCCAGCCUGGCCAGGUGCCAUGUGAGUUUCCAGGAUGAAGAGGGUUCAGGCCUAAGCCUUGAGUCCCCAAAGAGGUCUCCCACCUUAGCAGCCCCUGCAGAAUGUGUGUGUGUUUUGUCUCCCCAGCUCUGGGGGCCCUUGACCCAGACUCUGGGAGUCCUGGCUGGCCUGGUAGUGGUCCCUGUGGCUCUGAACAGUGGUAUGUCCCUCCUGGUGCUUGCGCUGUGCCUCUCUCUGGCCUGGUUCUCGUAGGAGCUGCUUGUGGGACCAGCAAUAACAAGUGUCCCCCCCUCUGGGGUUUGGGGAGGGGCAGCCCCUGCACCAUCCCCAGAGGGUUCAUAUGGGAUGUGUGGCCUGUACAGUGAGUGGAUCCUUUACUUCUGAGAAUGCUUGACUGCAGAGAGGCCUCCCCGUCUCUGAGCUCUCCAGUCAGCACAGGGCUCCUGUGGUGAUACCAGUGGAGAGGAACAGGGGACGGAUGGAUAGUGGAAAUGAGAACUUGCAGAAUGGCACUGGGCAUGUCCUCCCCCCCCACCCCCCUGAGCCUGUAUUUAUUUUUGUAUAAUUCUCUGGAUGAGGGAGAGUGGUCAUGAGCUGGUCUUGGGGCACAAUUACCCAGAGAUAUAUUUAUUAACAGCCAACCUGUGCAACCUGCUGGAGCUUUAUUUUUAAUUUAAUUUAUAUAGAGUACCUAUUAUUAUAUGCCACAAUAGAGCUCUAUGAGAAAUGAUGUGUCUUGCUGUGCAGUGUUCUCCUGUUCAGGAAUGAGUGUGCAGGGUGAUCAUAUGGGAGUGUCACAGUGGGGAGUGGCAUGUGGAA